CUCCCAAGUCUAUUUUCCCUGGCCUAUUUCUGCCACUCUUGCCAGACACAGCGAUGCUCAACACAACCGGCCCAGACAGCCUGCGCGACGAGUUCUUGUCCGAGCUGCGCGACCACCAAUACGGCCUUGCCAACUUCUCGCCACCCAACCACCUGCAAAGCACGCUGACGCUGAUCGAGGGCCACCAGAUAUCAGUGACCCUCGACACGCGCGGCUACACGGUGGCCAAAGCCAGCGGCAGCGACAUGGCAGGCUGGACCGGCAAGACCUUCGAAACCCUGACGUCAUUAUUAUCCGCUGUGAGCCCGCGCUUCAACAGCAGCAUGCACCAGGAGCUGUUUUCCAAGCUCCAGGCGCUGGCCGACUCGAGCGAUUUGGGCCAGGAGCAGAUCCGCUGAUGGCCCAAUCACAGCCAGGGCCUUUUAUUUGCCUUCCCUCCGGCGAAUUUUUUUCUCUGGCGUGUUUUGUGGGCACGCAUGACUCUGCCCCGUCGCCUCUUCUCUCUCUCUGAAUCACCCCAGUCGAAAACAUUCAUAUUUAUACCACACACUUCUUUUGUCGCUGCCAUCGCCUCUCUCGAUAGCAAAGAACGCUUCUUCGUAGCCUUUUACAUACAAAAGACACAGAAAAAGACACAGACACAACCCCCCAGGUCAAACAGGUCCCGCGCUAUUUAUUAUCAGCCGUCUCUCUUUCUUCCUUUUGCUGCUUAAUGAGUACUCAAGUUUCCAACGAAAAGCCCACUUUGAAUGGUGUCAGGAUUCGUACUCGCAAA